AACCACCCUCUUCCCCCUUCUUCCAUGCGCCCAUGCCGUGCCCCAUGCCUCUUCCUCCCCCCACCAGCUGCUCGUCCCUGCAGACCGGCACCCUCAUCAGCAGCCCCUUCUCGGUGGACGGCCUCAUGGGCUUUGGCUCGGGCCCUCGCUCCGUCAUCCGCCAGCUCUCCUCGCCAUCGUCUCCUCCCUCUGCGGCCUCCUUCUUCACGAAUUCAUCAUCAUCCCAAGUGGCAGCAGCAGCAGGCACGGGGGCAGGAGCAGCGCAGCAGGAGGCGGUGAUGCCGUUUGCCUUCUCCUUCUGCCUGGACGGGGGGGACACGGGGGGAGGCCACCUGGCCAUUGGGCGAUCGGAGCAACCUGCCGACAUGCAGACAGCAGCGUUGUGGCAUGUUGACGGACUGCAAGCAGGGGGAGGCCACCUGGCCAUUGGGCGGUCGCAGCAACCCAAGGAGAUACAGACAGCAGCGCUGUGGCACGUGGAUGGACUCCCAUACCACUACAUCAACAUCACCAAUAUGAGCAUCGGAGGCCGCCAGGUGGCGGGUGCUGAUUCGCUGUCAGUAGUGAACGCGGCCAGCCUGGCGGGCGGCGUCAUCAUUGACAGCGGUACCACCUUCACUGCUCUGCCACCCGCCGUCUACACCUCGCUAAAGGAUUCG